AUGUCCCAGUUUAGUACAGUCGGAGUGGCGGAAACGGAUGGUGUGUAAAUUGUCUGCACCAUUUGGUGGGAAUAAUCUAGUUCGACGGUUAAGGCUGGCAUUUGUAUUCGACACAUCGUGUGUCCACAUUUUUCAAACAUUCUCACACCCUGUGUUGCCCCCAACCCCUGUACAAGGGUAAACUAGAAGGGAGGCACAGACAGAGACAUUUCCAAACGGAAAGUCAAGCGCGAAAGUUCAUCCCCUUAUCUGAACUUGUGUGACUAUCGGUGCUUGAGUGGCAGGAAGAGAAUUAUGAAUUUUUUACUCACCCCCGGGGUCAUAGGUGAGAAGAAUACGAAGAAUCCCCUGUUCAUCUCACGAUGGCGCAUCAAACCACCAAAUUGCGGUGCGUGAAGUGUUAGUGAGAUAUAUUGCAGAGGGCCCCCAAAAGGUGUGCUUGCCCUCUUGAACAGGCUUGUGCUGUAGGUGGGGGUGGUAAUCUUGGGGUGGCUGAACUUUCACACCUUUGCCACCCACAACCCCCAAAACCCUUUUUAAUAAAUUCACAAAAACCACCAGUGGUGUGCAAUUUAUCUGGGCAAUUAGCACUUGUCGCCGGGACAGCAAGUGUUAGCAAAGGAUUUAUUUGGAGCGGAAGUUAAUUGCAAAAUAGAACUACGAGCUGCGGAUCACUAUGUGGCUUCCCCAAUUUGGAUGGAUGCUCGCGAUGAUUAUGGGCUGUAUAUACCAGAUUGAGGGUAUUCCUGGUCCUAAGAUAGCAACUGCUAAGAGACCUAAAUCAUCUCCAUCCUCCCAAGCGCCUACAAGAACCCCAAUAGUCCCAGACCUCUGUUCCAAAGCACCUGAUAUGAAGGUCAUAUGCCACUGUAGCACAGAUGCACGACGGUUAGUAACUAAAGCAGAUUGCUGGGUCUUAGGUUCUGAUCUAUCCCGCAAAGAUCCCAUCUGGUCCACCUUCUUUGCCCAUACCUCAAUAACCGAGGUGAAGUUUAUCACAUUCGCCGAGGGCAAUCUGACGUAUGUACCCAGUCGCGCCAUUCAAAUCCUCUCGAUCCUGUCCAAGCUCAGUAUCUCCUUUACGCAAAUCACAGAGGUUGGCGCCUAUGCCCUAUCUAAUGCCACGCACCUAGCUAAGUUGGAGUUCACUAACAACACACAACUGAGAUCACUGAGAAGAUUUGCCUUCGCCAAUCACCCCGUCCUGUUUGAUGUCAAUUUGGAGGCUAAUCACAUCAGUGAAAUUGAGGUACAGGCCUUUGUCAAUCUACCCCAUCUGGAAGUACUCAGGUUGGGCUACAACAACAUCACCUUGCUGCCGGAUGAUGUCUUUGGAACACUUGGGGUACUCAAGCACCUCCAGAUGCAGCACAAUCAAAUUGCUCAGCUAUCGCGAGAUAUUUUCAAAGGACUGGGAAAUCUUCUCAGCUUAGACAUUUCCUCAAAUAACCUAACAUUUGUGGGAAAUACGGUUUUUGCGGAAUUGUGGAGCCUGCAAGAGCUAGCGAUGCAGAAUAACAAAAUUGAGCAAAUAUCCGAGAGAGCUUUUGAUGGCCUCAACAAUCUGCACACCCUAAAAUUACAGCACAAUCGCCUGAUCGCACUCCACAAUGGCAUCUUCACCGUUGUACCUGCCCUGAAUUCCCUCAAUUUGCUGGAUAAUCAACUUGAAACACUCACAUACGAUAAUCUCCAUCCAAUCUACGGUAAUCUCCUGCGGAUAGACAGCAUGCUCAACAUCGAUGAGAACAAAUUUAUUUGUGAUUGUCGCCUGGCGUGGAUUUUUGACCUAAGAAAUGGGACAAACAACACCAAGCUUCGGCAUUCUCUGCGUGAUCUUGAGUGCAUUCUGGACACCUCUCGGAUGGGUAUUCAGUUGAUUUCGAGCAGGAAGGUGAGGAUUGAUUAUUACGACGGUGAUGAGGGAGACACAGAGGAAGUAAAUGACAUUGUGGCUCAAAAGAAGAAAAGUCAUGUGAGUGAUCAGGGUCCGCGGGCAGUGAGACUGUUGAGCCUAAUGAAGGAGCAUCUGCCAUGCCAUCAAGAACUACAGUUUCCAACGGAACUCCCGAAACCUCAGGAGUCCAUUAAGGUUAUCCCUGAACACGAUGAAUUGCAUCAGACAACGUCAAAUAUGGCACCCGGAACGAGGUUGGUCAGCUGCCUGGUCAUCCUCUUUGUGUCAAUCCAAGCACUUUUUUCACCACUAAUGCCAUCCAUCAUCAAUUAGGGCCAAACAUGGCCAUGACCCAAUGGGUCUCAGUGAAUUUGUGGCAAAUCGGAUUUGGCACCGUAUUAUACAUAUUGGGUUGAAGUACUUAAAAUGUCGCAAUUUUUUUGUUCCUUUUAAGAAAUUUCAUACUUGUGUAAUGUAAUCUAAAUUAUGACAAACAUGACUGUUUGAAACGGAACGAAAAGAAUUUCUUCAAAAGUCUAUACUUCGGAAGAGAAAACCAUAAGGAAAUUUAUUUCUAAAUACUUCCAAGUUCAUGGGGGACUUGGUGAUUCUAUACGAUCAAUUUCGAUACUCUAGCAUUAACCCCUUGUUUUAAUAACAAGAGGUCAAUUGAGUUUAAGAUACUGUACAGACGGAACUGUAACUAGAGCCACGAAUAAAAGUCAUUAAGGAGCUAUGACGAUCUAUCUA